AUGCGGCGCGAUCUAAGUUAGAAUUAAAAAAAGCAAAACUUCAACUUAUUAUCUCUCAACUAUCCAAUUUCAAGUUCUCUACUUCUCGAAACAGUAAAUUCUGGAAAAAGUACAACGUCCGUGAAGACAGUGAAACUAACAAGUUAUGUAGUUCCUUUAUCACAACAAAUUUGAAAAAAAUCUUGGUUUUCGAACGAGUCAGUUCAAUUUCAUACAUGCAUUUUCAAUUUCUGCCCCGUUUCCUACAAGAGCCUUGAUUCUCAGAUUUCCGUUUCAAAAACUUGUUGAGACUGAUCAUAAUUUCUCCCGAAAUUGAAGAUUGCGCGUAACCUCUCUUUUGAAAGACACGACAAACCAACCGAUACAUUUGAUUGAAAAAGAACUGUUCAAAUCAGAAAAGCAAAGAAACAUCGAUAAAAGCGCGUGGGCGGCACAAGAGAGAGAGAGAGAAAGAGCGAAAUCUGUGUUGCGUGGCGCCACGGAGCCGCAUGGCGCCUUCUGAAGACUGGCGUCGGCGCGGCGAUUUCUCUGCCGACUCGCCGCUUUUCGUGCUUUUUUCUCUUUUGUGUUUUGAUACUCUAACAAUCCGCCAUAUUCGUUCGUAGCCACGGAAAUGCGGGGCGCCGAUGGGGCUUUCGGGCGUGGUUUUUGAGGCACAAACGGAUGGAGACGGUAUAAAAGAGAGAGAGAGAGAGAGAUGCUCAUUGAAGUCGAUUGAUUUCCAACUAGCUCUAUGUACUGAAAUAUUUGAAUUUUUCUGAUUCACUUUGCACUUGCGACUUCAAUUUACAUGAAUCAGUCCGUCUCAUUGUUGUUUUCUGAAUCUAAUUCAUGAAAAUGUCUUUCGCAUUAUUAUACGAUCAUUCGGUAUUUGCUAGAAAUGUUCCUAGUGAAACAGACAAAUUUUACGAAAAUGUCCACGACUUCUUUUUCCGUGUGCUCCGUAUUUUAGUUGUGUUGUAGAUGCGUGCUCAUUCUGGACCCAUUUAUUGAUUUUCUCUGCGUGUGGAAGAAGAGAAGCAAAUCGGUCCAGAAUGAUCACUCAUCUACAACACAAAUGAAACAGAAAAGUUAUUUUUUCGACUGAAAACGAACGUAUCAUUUUGUACUCCAUUUCACUUGAAAUUGUCCUAAAAAGUUGUUGAAGUUUAAAUCACGAACGUUUCAAUACAAACUCUUUCAAUACAUGUAGAGUUGGUGAAUCUGAAAAGCCGAAGAAAGUCAAACUCUUUCCUCCGUUCGUGUUUGUUUUCAUUCAACCGAACUCGGCCCAAUAACUCUUCCAUUCUCAUUCGUUUUAUACCGUUGUCCCGCGAUUCGUCAUGUAAUAUUUCCAGAAGACUCGAAAGAUCUAUGCCUUGAGUGUGCAACUGUGUUUAUUGGAAAUCUGGAUCAAUCUUAUCAAGGUAAACGAAUAUUUCGAUCUUACAACGAUCUCUCGAAGGCCGCGGCCGAAUACUUGAAGAUUUGAGAUUCCAAUCUGGCAAAAAAUUCCACUUUUCAAUCGAGAAAUGAACUAUAUAGAUUAGAUAGAAUGGUGUCAACUUUGAGGGCCUACGGAAGUACUAGGAGUAGCGGUACGAAAAAGUUGUAAACUCUAAACUUUUUCAACUUCACUACAAUAGUCAGCAAUUGGAAGAGCACAGUUUCAGAGACAAAUCCUCGCAUUUUCAGCCUUCAAAAUAGCCUCGCCACUCGGAAUCGUCACUUCGGGUAGCACUUUAUCCUCAUCUACCUCAACAAUGGCCCCUCAUAAUCGUGUCGCUUCUGCUGAAAAUAGUGAGUCACUGAAAACUGAAGCCACUGGUGUGUUCCAACAGUUUGAGAGCGAUAAUAGUUGCAUGGAAGUUGUUUCUUUUGUUUCUCUACCAGUUCUCAAAGGGAAUGCUCCGAAAGCGCGCGCACGUAGCCUGAUCAGCUGGAGCGUAAUUCAUUCAUUCUGAGAACUUAGCACCUCGCAACCGCUCAUUUCGUCCCACUCGCUGAGAGACCAAACCAAACACACCGCUUCUUUGUAUUAUUUGUAUAACAUGUCGCUGUCAGAUCGGAGAUGUCUUGUUUGUGGCGACGAUAAAGCGAGCAGACACUACGGAACGGUCGCGUGCAACGGAUGCAAAGGAUUCUUUCGGAGAAGGUACGUCCCGGGGACUAUUGUACUUCUACAGAAGUCCACUUCUGAUCCUUUUCUUUUUCAGUGUCUGGGAGAAGCGCACCUACUUUUGUGUGGCAAAUGACACGUGCGAAGUGAUGCAGCAGUUCCGGAAUCGAUGCAGAGCUUGCCGCUUCAACAAGUGCAUUCAGGUCGGAAUGGAUACUAGAGGUGCGUGUCAACUAGUGCGAACCAAACCGAUUCUUCUUCUUUCAGCUGUCCAAUCGGAACGAGAGAUCCGUUCGCCCGGCGAGAACGGAAAGAAACCGAAAGGAUCGGUGAAACAGAGAAAGGGGAGCAUUCCGCUGUCAGCGGGCUCGGGACCGAGUUCCAGUACGACCCCGGACCUCGAAAUGCCUCCGAUCGUCAAGACUCUCAUGGAUAUUGUAAGUCCAUUGCUCUCUGUUCGCUUUUUGAAUGCUCUUUCAGCAACAACGCAUCGAAAUGACGUUCUGUCAAGAGUUCGACGAGCUGAUCUCGUGCUUCGGAACCAUGUGCAACAUUGAAAUCACACUGCAGUCCGCUAUUGAGAAUCCGGAGAAAGUGGCGUCGAGGACAAAGGUGAGGGUUUUGACAUUAUGAAGAAAAAGCGGCGGCAGGAUUGCAAUUACUAAUAGUAAAUCGCUGCAAAAUAUUGGCUGGCCUGUGAAACACACUUGUUUUCCGUUUCCAGUUAACCUGGGGAGACACGAGUCGUCUGGCGAACAUGCACGAUUUGAAAGUGACUUGGUGCCGCACGUUCGUCUGGUACCACGACUAUCUCAGCGCUUUCGAUGAACUGGAGGUAGAUUUCAUCCCGAAAAUCAAUCAUUUUGACAGUAAUCCGUUCAGAAGCUCAGCUACGUGGAUCGUUUGGUUCUGUUCAAGUUGCGGUUCGCACCCGUCUCGUGGAUGUUGUACUCGUGGCAGGCGUACCGUCACAACAUUGACGGCGUCGCAUUCACAAACGACGCGUGGUAUCCGAACGAUCCGGAGAAGCAGCGGAUGCUUCCGAAGGCGUGAGUAGAUGUUUCGGUUCCACGCACAUCACAAAAGUGUUGCCUAUUCCAGCUGCAACGACUACUACUCAAAGAUCGCCUCCACAAUGGCGCAUGAGAUGGUUCAUGUGAUGAAACGAAUCGAAAUGAGCGAGGAGGAGUACUCGGUCAUGCUCGCCAUCACCGCCUUCCGAUCCGGUAAUCCCCCGCCACUCGAUUGGUUGCAAAACGUCCUCUGAUUCCAGAUUACCGCAUCUCGGCGGAAGGCAACAAACGUCUCCAAUCGACCGGAGACAUGUUCACGCGGGCACUCGCGGAGUACUGUCGGAGCAGAGAUUCGUCCGAAUUGAAGGCGAUGGAGCGACUCGGAACGUUGAUGCUCAUGCUCACUUCUAUUGAGGUUUGGAGGAAUCCUCUUGGCACAAACUCUGAAUUCCAGCUUCUCACACUUUCCAACUGAAUGCAGUUUCGCUUCGCAAUGAAAAAAUGCCACAUUUAUCAUUCAAAAUUAUUCAAAUCCUUGUUUCCAGACGCUGACCCGCCAAGAAGACGACAACGUACAGUACCUGGCGAUCUUCAACAUGGCCGAUCUGGUCGGUCUCCCGUAUGAAGUGCAUUCGGCGCUUCGUCGGAUCGACUCUUACGACGAAUAA